ACAAUGGAAGGACUCCGGGACAAGUGGAACGACCUCUACAAGAAGCGUCUGCCAGCGCUUGCCAAGGCUCGUGACCCUGUACAGCAACACUGGCCUGUCCACCUGGAUCACUGCUUCGCUCGCAUUGUACUCGACAACGCCGUUGGCAAGGAUCGUCCUUGGAGCGACGCCAUAGAUCAGCCUGCUGUGAAGCAUAUGACCGAGGCCCAACUGCAGGCUGCUAUCGCGCUUGGCGAGAAGCUUGCGACAGGCGAGGCGAACCUUGACGAGCUGAACGAACGGAGUCUGCAACUACGCGGCAAGAAGCGUAAA